CCGCCGCUACUUCAAAAUAAACGUCUUCUUCAUAAAAUAUCAAACUUCCAAUUCAAAUUGCAAAACUAGAGGGAACCCACACAAUUCGAAUUUCUCCAGAUCUCUCUCUAAUCUUCUUCCUCACUUCCACUUCCAAACCCUAACCUUCGCCUUCUUCAAUGGAGGAAACCUUUAGCCCUACUAGACAGAGACUUCCCGUUGCGGCACGAAUUCAAUCCCCCACCAGUCCCUUCAUACUCGGUUCCAAUGACGAUCAGCUGGAACGCGCCCAAGCACGUGCAGCACGCGCCGCCGUUAUCCGCCGCAAGACUCAAACUGUCUCCCAAUCCACCGAUGCCGAUUCUGAUCCCUGUCUCAACAAACAGCAGAUCUUCGAUUUGUUCCAGAACUGCAUAAAGCUUGCCAGCGAAAAUAAAAUUAAUCAGAAAAAUACUUGGGAGUUGAACUUGAUUGAUCACCUUACUGAUAUUGUUAAGCCGGAAGAAGAAAAUGAUACGGAGACCAACUUUCAGAAGGCAAGCUGCACUCUUGAGGCUGGUGUCAAAAUUUAUUCAUUAAGGGUGGAUUCAGUGCAUUCUGAGGCAUACAAAGUCCUUGGUGGGAUGAAUAGAGCGGGACAAGACGCUGAGCCAGACACUAGUCUGGAGAGUAUUAAUGUUGAAAGUGGACAAAAAGGAAGCAGGAAAGAGACAGAUAGAAAGUUGUCACCUUUGUCAACACUGGAAUCAUCUUUUGAGGCUCUUAAUGUCAAGAAGUUUGAUGCUGCAUUUGUUGUGGAUCCCCUCUAUCGCCAAACAACGGCAAAAUUUGACGAAGGAGGAGCCAAAGGCCUUUUAAUGAAUAAUCUCGGAGUAUAUGGUGGUUGUAGGAUGCUCUUUGAUUCACAAGAAGUACCUGCAAAAUGUAUGAAAAGGCAAAAUGAACCUGAUACCUCGAAUAGCAUUGAUAUUUCUUUUGCCAAAGAUUGUGUUGAGCAGAUGUUAUUGGAGAUGCAUGUAAAGAAAGAAAUUUCUCCAACUCUCCGGACUAUAGUAAACCAAUUCGAUGAGACUAAUAGAAGGCCUACUGAUUUUCAACUUCAUGGCCAGAAUUCAGCUGAAGAGCUUGAUGCUGAUUUUAAUUGUGAAAAUGGGGCUGACGGAGCAGACUAUGAGAACUGCACGACCUGGAGUGAUGAUCAUGAUGACCAACCAGUUGUUGCUGAUCUAGGCUCUAAUGAUGUUGAUCCAAGUUUCUCUAGUUACCCUCAGGAAAAUGAGCAAUUUCCUUCCACAGAGUCUGAUAUGGAUGACAGAUUUGAAAAUGUUGAUGGUUUCUUAUUCUUGAGUCUGGGUUUUAAUUCAAAACAGAAUGCUUGGGCAGGCCCUGAUCAUUGGAAGUAUAAAAAAUCUAAAGUUUCUGAGGUUCAACCUACUUCCGAAGAUGGGUCAACCCUGAAAACUAGGCAGACAAAGAGUAAGAAACAAACUGAAGUUGAUUUAGAUUUCACAAAUUCUCUGGAGAAAAACUUUAUGGAUAUAUUUGCUCCUCCCAAGAAUCCAAAAACAUUACUUCUCCCUGAGAGUAGGCCGCCUUGCAAUACAAAACUUCCAGAGGACUGCCACUAUCAGCCAGAGGAACUUGUCAAGCUAUUUCUUCUUCCGGAUGUGAAGUGUCUUGGGAGGAGGGCAAAAAGAGUCCCAGAUGCAGAUGGAUCUAGUGAUCAGUUCAACGAGAAUGAUUUAUUCCCUUCAUGGGAUAAUGGAAGUGCUUGUGGAGGUGAUGAGGGUGGUGAAUAUGAAGGUGUUCAUCACAAUGAUAUUGAGGACCUUGACACUCUUAUUACUCAGCCUCGUCAGGUCAGUAAAGUCGAAGUACAGUAUGACAAAACGUCCAAACAAGUUGAUGUUCAAGCGCUAAAAGUUACUCUUUGGGACCAAGUUCAGGCAUCUGCUAAACUUCCUCCUGUUCAGGAUCAAGAAGAAAUAAUAUAUUUCAAGAAUGUGUUGGCUAAUUUUCCUGCCAAAUGCAAUGCUGCCGCAAACAUCAGUGACAUAUCUCCUCAUUUGUGCUUUAUAUGUCUACUGCAUUUGGCAAAUGAGAAUGGAUUGAGACUUCAAGGCUUUCCCAACUUGGAUAAUCUUUCAAUAUUCCUUCCACCUGAUGCUGAGCCUGCACUCUAAGUGGAACAGUCUAGAUAAUAUACUCCUCUAUUCCGCAGUUUGGGAUUUAGAAAAUACUUUGAUGGAGAUUGUAACAAGUUAAUUUUGGCUAUGGCUGGCUGUUCAAGUCUCAUCUUAUGACAGAGUCAACUCAUGUUUGCCCCCAUUUGUAUCCUCUAGUCUGGAUCGAUUAUUGUGUUUAAUAAUGCUCAAAGUUUUAUGAAUGAAUUAAUGUUUGACUGAAAGUUAGAGCUCAACCCUUCCCGACAUUUUAUAAACUUUAACUUUAACUUUACAAACUUUUUGUUAAGUGACUAACUUAACAUUUUAUUAAAGUUAAGGAACUAAUAGUGUAUUUCUUAAA